AUGACUGACAAGAAUAAGAAGCCAACCGCUGCUGCUACCAAGACUGCUGCCAAGCCAGCCGCCAAGCCAGUUGCCAAGACUGCCGCCAAGGGUGCCGUCAAGGGUGGUAAGGGUGCCAAGCGUACCAAGCCAAGAACUUUGUUCAACGCCUUGUACACCAAGAAGGUCAGAAUCUACGGUACCGGUUUCGGUGUCCAACCAAAGCGUGAUUUGACUCACUUUGUCAAGUGGCCACGUUACAUCCGUAUCCAACGUCAACGUCGUGUCUUGAUGAGACGUUUGAAGGUUCCACCAACCAUCAACCAAUUCACCCGUGUUUUCGAUAAGAACAACGCCACCCAAUUGUUCAAGUUGAUGGACAAGUACCGUCCAGAGGAAGCCGCCGCCAAGAAGGCUCGUCUCUUGAAGGCUGCCAAGGAGAGAGCUGCCGCCCCAAAGGGUGCUGCUCCAGCCAAGCCAGAAGCCAAGCCAUUGGCUGUUGCUCACGGUAUCGAUUUGGUCACUCGUUUAGUCGAGAAGAAGAAGGCCAAGUUGGUCGUCAUUGCUCAUGACGUCGACCCAAUCGAAGUAUUUUCGAUUAUCAUCUCUUCUACUCUUCUCUCUACAUUUUCCAACAGAUUAUAUUUUCUAUUACAUAAUGUUGUUAUCUGGUUACCAGCUUUGUGCCGUCGUAUGGACGUUCCAUAUUGCAUCGUCAAAUCCAAGUCUCGUUUGGGUAAGGUCGUUCACAUGAAGAAGACCUCCUGUGUUGCCAUCACCGGUGUCAACCAAGCUGAUGCUCACGAUCUCUCAUUGUUGGUCGAGUCUGCCAAGAACAUGUACAACAACAACGCUGAUCACCGUAAGCAAUGGGGUGGUAACACUCUCUCCGGUCCAACCCGUGCCAUCAUCGCCAAGCGUGUCAAGGCUGCCAACAAGGAAGCCACCGCCAAAUCCAAGAUGAACUAA